AUGUCUGGUGAGCGCGUCCUAGUAUCGUACCAUGCCCCCAAUGCGUACCUGGCAUCUGAGAGCUGGAAGCAAAUACGAUCUGCCUUGGUCUCUCAAUUCCCUCUUCGCAAUUUACAUUGGAAAUCGCCUUCCAGGUCUAUCAAAACCAUUCAGGAGUUAGACCUUAACCUGGUCGCCUUCGAUUCUUUACAUGAUGAGCACACCUCUCAAGUACCUGCCACGCUGCUUGAGAAGCCACUUCUCAAUAUAUACAUCGUCGCAUGUGAGGACACGGACUUCGACUCGUAUAAGAACACGAUUAAGAAGCAAAUAAAGGACUGGCAUAGUGUCGUGGCAUCGAGGAAGCAUCAAGAAUGGCUCAUUUUGCACGUUGUCCGACCUGACGCGAGGACUGCUGGAGGGAAUUUCUUUCAGAUGAAGUAUUCCGUGUUUGAACGCAUCAAGACCGACUUCAACGCUGAGAAGAGGGACAGAUGCGUCCAAAUGGUGUGGUCUGCCCUCCAGGAGAAUCCCGCAGUCUGGGCCGAUUUGAUGAGCAAAACAAAAGACGGACUAAUUACUGCAUUUGAGUCCGCCGUCAAUCAGCGAGAGGAGGACGUCAGGCGAUCCGAAAGCCAGCGUGCCAUGCCUGGGUGGAAUUUCUGUACCUUCUUCAUCCUGAAGGAAAGUCUCGCGAGCUCAAUUCAGGGCCUCAGUCUCUAUGAGGAUGCCUACAUGCAAUACGCAGAGUUAGAAUCGUCGUUUCAGCAAGUUCUGAAGGAAAAGAAUGCUUCUUGGUUCGGCACAUUCAUCCAACCUAGCCCUCGCGAUGACUCCUUGCCCUUACUUUCGACUGACAAAAAGCCCUACCGCGAUCUAAUUCUCGCAAAUACUAUAUCUGUGUUCGACCUGCGGACGUAUAUCCUUGCUCGCCAGUGUACUCUCCUCUGGAAACUUGGCCGUAUUAACGAUGUUGGGAGGGCAGUGACAUCUUUUCUAAGCACCUUCGGGAGACUACUUCGUGAUCACGAGACACCCCUGCCGGAAUUCUUCGUAGAGUCUUGGAUAUACUCGUCAUGUCUGAGUGUCGUGGAACAAUGCGACUCUUGGACGAGCAAUCAAACUCUAGAAGGCGCAAAGCUAGCCGUAUACAAUGCCAGCAAAGGCGAACUGCUUGAACUCGCACUAAAUCAACUCAGUACCAUCGGCGUGGCGGUUGGCCACCUUCCGUCCGAACCCCCGUUCAGCAGCUCGUCUGGCCCUUCAUCUAGCGUAGCCGUCGAUCUCUCCAAACUCUCCAUCAGCAACAAGGACCUUCUUGCAGGUGUUAACACACGGGAUGUAUUCGAUCGCAACUAUAUCGACACCACCAACCGUGCUAUUGAUCUGUACGCAAAAGCAGGUAGACGCAAGUUUGCUUUGAAGCUCCAUGGCUCUUUGGCGGCAUUAGAUCUAUAUCGGGGAAGGCUCGAUGCCGCGCAAACGACAUUCGCUUCAUUACCGUCACAUUAUGCUCCUCACAUGUGGACGUCUUUGGAGGCCUUUAUGCUUUGUCGUGCCCUUCAUGCUUACUCCAAAGGCCCAAUCCCCGAUAGUAGGGAGUGGGUCAGUUUGGUGUUAUCGUUUAUGAAGCUGUGUAUCGAUGAAUUAGGGAUGUCCUUGGUAGACUUUCAAGGAGAUGUUAAAUCUCAGAUCGAUGAUCUAUUAGAGUCUGUCCAAAAGGUGGCCUCACAACUCGACCCAGAAUUGGUAUAUCCUGAUCACCCAAGCAUACAGGUCAAAACCGUGGGGGACGCACGAGUCGUAGGCUCAAAAGAUGGCGCUUUCCUUGACGUCGUGAUUCGCAACAGGUUACCUUGUGCCCUUCCAUCUAGUGAGAUAGUUGCAGUACUUGCGGGGCGUGAUGGGGAAAGUUACCGAUUCACUGCGGACGUUGAGAGUGCAAUUUCUGGGGAAACUGCUCUGACACUUUUUUCUCCUAGUGCAUCGCCAGGCAUGUAUCUUCUCGACUUCACCGAACUUCGAAUAUCAGGACUUGUGUUGCAAUGGCUCCAUAAGAAGACAACGGCGAAAUCAUCCAAGGCCUCAGCCAACGAUCAGUAUAAUCCUGUUCCUAUACGAAUACCUCUCGAUCACCGAGCUUUGAGUGUUCAAUUAGCUCACCCAAAAGAGGUCAAACUAGGUGAAACAUCCCAAGCCCUCGUAAUCCUUUCUACUGGUCGAAACAACAUAAAACAAGCGACCUUAAAGAUAACAGGCGUUGGUGGUGUUGGUCUACGUUGUCAGGAGACUUCCAUACCAGGUUCCAUACCUACAACUCCCCCAAUACUGACGAAGGACACGAUUACCGUGGCUGACGUUCCUGAAGACACCGAGAUUGAAUUCCUUAUCCCUUAUUCAACUACUACCGGCUCAGAUACCAUUAGGGUCACCAUUGGCGUAGAUUACGUGACAUCAUCUGAACCUACUGUUCAGAGAACAAUGCAUGGGUCUAAUUCGAUGGUCACAUCAUUACCUUUGGUCAUCAAUGUUCAAGACUUCUUCCGCGGGACGAGGUUAUUCUCCAAGUUCACGAUAUCAGCGACUACCCUACAAAGUGUCCGGGUUUUCUCUGUCGAUCUUGUACCCUCAGAUGGCACAGCGCAAAUAGUCAAGGCAUCGCAUUCCAGAGGAGCCGUCGUUACUGUGACCCCCAAUCAACCUGCUCAUUUCUUGUUCCACCUCGAUUUGGGCGCAGGUUCUGUCCCCGAAAUAAUGCACCUCACAAUCAAAUACAGACUUCUCCGUGAAGAGGUGGAGCUCCUCGUAGAUGAAGCCAUCAAAUCAGUCUUCGCGAAUCAUGCUGAUGAAUCUGAGUCUGGCCGUCUUACAGCAAAGGAGCAGGUGAUCACGUCAUUAGGUCGCAGUUCGUCUUGGGUGGAAAGGUACUGUAUAACUGGUCAGUUGGUUGUGCCUCCCCGCGAAGAUAGUGACUUGGGAGAUACAUAUGCCGAAGUUGUUGAGCUCCUAUCGUCUCAUAAUUUCGACAUCGACUCACCUUCGAACUGGAGAAAGAUGGGUCUUCCCGUCGAUGUUCCAACCAUGAAUAUCGUUGCCGCCGCAGAACUCAGCCUGACGACGCCUGGAUCCGCCAAACCGCACGGCACAGCUCCUUUAUAUGCAGGCCAACCUAUAUCUGCAUUCGUGACUAUUCGCACAACCUUUGGGUGGGGCCCCAGCGAAAACCUCACAGGCAGCUAUAUCCUCCGGUAUGACAUAGAAGAGAUGGUUCGUGACUGGUUACUCAGUGGCCCCAAGCGGGGAGAGUUUGAAGCCAAGCACGAUUCGUCUUUUACAGCGCCAGUCACAUUGAUUGCACUUCAUCAUGGUGAACUCGAGUUACCGAAGGUAUCUGUGCAAGCCUUGCCUCUGUCGGGCGGUCACUUGCAAGUUUCUACGCCGAGUAUGGAUGUACACCAAGUUCAUGGGGCAGAAAGGGCUCUUGUACUUCCUAGGGGAGGGCGAAGUACAUUCGUUGUUGAGAUGGGAGCGACGUAG